AAGAAAAGGGGUGCUCCUAUAAAAGCCAGAAACUAGGUAGGGUUUUAGUUCAGUGCCUCCAUUCGGGACUGUAACUAGCCGCAGCACGAGGAGCAGCCUCAGGAGGAGAAGGAUGUCUCACAGGAAGUUCGAGCACCCAAGGCACGGUUCACUGGGAUUUCUUCCCAGGAAGCGUGCUGCUCGUCACAGGGGAAAAGUGAAGGCAUUCCCCAAGGAUGACCCAUCCAAGGCACCCAAGCUCACUGCAUUCUUGGGUUACAAGGCCGGUAUGACUCACAUUGUUAGAGAGGUCGAGAAGCCAGGAUCAAAGCUUCACAAGAAGGAAACUUGUGAGCCUGUUACAAUUAUUGAGACCCCUCCAAUGGUUAUUGUUGGUGUUGUGGGUUAUGUGAAAACUCCACGUGGUCUCCGAACAUUGAACACUGUCUGGGCUCAGCAUUUGAGUGAGGAAUUGAAACGUAGGUUCUACAAGAACUGGUGCAAGUCCAAGAAGAAGGCCUUCACCAAGUACUCUAAGCAGUAUGAAACUGAGGAGGGAAAGAAAAACAUUGAGGCGCAGCUGGAGAAACUGAAGAAGUAUGCUACUGUGGUUCGUGUUUUGGCUCACACUCAGAUCAGGAAAAUGAAAGGGUUGAAGCAGAAGAAAGCCCAUAUCAUGGAAAUUCAGGUUAAUGGUGGUAGUAUUGCACAAAAGGUGGACUUUGCAUACAGUUUCUUUGAGAAACAGGUUCCUAUUGAUGCAGUGUUCCAGAAGGAUGAGAUGAUUGACAUCAUUGGUGUGACCAAGGGUAAAGGUUAUGAGGGUGUUGUCACUCGUUGGGGUGUUACCCGCCUUCCCCGUAAGACUCACAGAGGUUUGAGGAAGGUUGCUUGUAUUGGUGCCUGGCAUCCUGCAAGAGUUUCAUUCACUGUUGCCAGGGCUGGUCAGAAUGGAUACCACCACCGAACUGAGUUGAACAAGAAGGUUUACAAGCUUGGCAAAGCUGGAGAUGAAUCUCACUCUGCUCUUACUGAGUUUGAUAGGACCGAGAAAGACAUUACCCCAAUGGGUGGUUUCCCUCACUAUGGUGUUGUUAAGGAUGAUUUUAUCAUGGUCAAGGGAUGCUGUGUUGGUCCCAAGAAGAGGGUCAUUACAUUGCGUCAAUCCCUCCUUAAGCAGACUUCUCGUGUUGCUCUUGAGGAGAUCAAACUCAAGUUUAUCGAUACCUCUUCAAAGUUUGGGCAUGGUCGCUUCCAGACCACACAGGAGAAGCAGAAGUUCUUUGGACGCCUCAAAGCAUAAUUAUGUUAAUUGGAUGGAAAUGCUGGAAUUCUAUUUGGUUGCCAUCACUUAUAAACUUUGUAGUGUUUCUGUUUUGAUAUUAUGGAUUCUCGGGUAGUGAGUUUUUUUUCUCCUUAAGUUGGCCAAACUUUUGUUUCAGGGAAGACUGAUCGUUUAUUUCAAAUUUUGUUUAUGAGUUUAUCUAUAUUAUCCGUGUUUAAUGAAUUUCAAAGUUAUUUAAUCUUUUGUUGAAACAAAAUUCAUGAUCGACAUGAUAGUUGGUUUUGA